AUGGCGUUACGCUUCCGCAACUUCGUGCCGUACGCCAUUCCCGGAGUGCUGGCGCUUCUGGGCUGCUGGUGGAUCUAUCUGCGGAGGAAAAAGCACUCGGGCUAUCGUGACAAACAGGCAGUAGGUGUCGAGAAGGAGAAGCAGGAAGAAGUGUCAGAGAACGAUUCACCACCCAGGACAGAAGCGCGUGUUCCUCGGAGACCGCCCCUCUCGUCGGGAGAGGAAUGCCUGGAGACCCCGACCUCGACCUCCCUGCUGUCCGCGGGGCCGACGACGCCCUCUCCUCUGUGUCCCACUCACGAGAGGCCGAAUCUCUCACAGCACCUUCCAGACCUGUCGGGCACGGCGGUGCCACCCAGCGCCCGCGAGGACAACGGGGAAAAACUAGACGUGGUAGGAUCUCGGAAGAAAAGCGCUGUCCCUGCUCCUGCCUCCCUCCCUCUGGGCUCAGAGAGCCACGGGCAGGGCUCAGGCUCCAGUGCAAACCGUGGUCAGCAGCCAUCGGCAUCCCUGGCCCAAGGGUCUUUGGGAGCCAGGGAGGAGAUCAGCCACGCAGAGCAGUCAGAUGAGUCUUCGUUUAAGCCCCCUAAGGAAAACCAGAUGCCAGGAAUCACACGGUCGGAUACUGGCUCUGUGACAGCCCGUUGCUUGGGUUUGGAGAAAGAAGCCAAUGUCCCACAAGCCUUUCUCAAUAAAGAAGUUGAAGUUGUAUCAAGUCAAAAGGAUUCUGCAGUGAGCAUGUUGCCAGGUAGUUUGGAGUCUGCCUGUUCGAAGCAGUCCAGGGAAGAAGAGAUGUCUGGGUCAAUUGCCACUGCUGUACCUGUGUGUCAGGAGCACAGCCAGCCAAAGGGAGAUGAGUUGGAAAAGGAGAAGAUUGGAGAAGUGAGUUUGGACAAGGAAGAAGUUGAGAAAAUUGAGCAAGUAGCAACACAGAUCAUUUCCAAGGUCAUUGUGGCAGCAACUGAGGAAGUGCUGUUGGGUUCUGCAGAUGAGUCCCCUUGCAUCUGCCAGGCCACUGCCAGUCAGCCUGAGGCACCUGUGGGGAUGGUGAGCGCUGCUGCCCCUGGUCAGGUGUGCGUGGAGGGAGCUCCAGCAGGUGAGAGCGUGGCCACACAGGGCAGUGCUGCUGUGCCAACGUCCCCAGGGGCAGCAGAGUGGGAUCGGAGUGGGACAGAUUCCAGCUGCUCCACACAGGGCUGUUCCCCCAGCCCUGCCCAGGGAAACACAAAGGACUGUCCAGUGAGGAGCAGUGUGUACAGGGAGUCCCGGGGAGUGGAUCGGACUCGCGGGGAGAACCACACGGGGUCACUGGGACACUCGUCGUCGGCUCUGGAGGACUCUGGGUGCGGCACGUACGCGUCUGAAGGUGGGACAAGUGCAGAAGAUUCACUGCAAAGCACGACGCUGUUUGCCGCGUCGGGGCAGCUCUUGGACUCACUGAGCACAUCUGCUGAGCAGAGCUUGGUGCCGGGGGAGAACAGCUCUGCUCUGGGGCUGCCUGAAGACAGCACAGUGCCAUACAGCAACGGGAUACUGAGAGAGGAGGGGCCAGACUCGAGCCAGGAGUGUAGUAGUGCUCCAGGGAUGGAUGGAGAUCACUCAGAAGGUUCAGAUGUAAAUAGUGUGGACUUUGUGGACAGUGGCUGUGCCAUGAGGAAGACAGUGGCUCGUCAGAACGCUAAGCUAGAAGGAGGAUCCAGCAAGUCUGACUUUGUUAUCUGGGAAAUCGAGGUCCCAAAGGAAUUAGUUGGCCGCUUGAUCGGCAAACAGGGCAGAUUUAUGAGCUACUUGAGGCAAGCGUCCGGUGCCAAAGUCUAUGUCUCAACACUACCUUAUUUCCGUGACUCCCAAGUCUGUCACAUCGAAGGGACCUCGCAUCAAGUAGAAAAAGUCCUGAGCCUGAUUGGCAAGAAGUUCAAAGAGCUGUCUCUCACCAACAUCUACACCCUACCUCCGCCGAUGCCGCUGACGCUGCACUCCCUGCUCAUGACUGCCUGGCUGUUCCUCCCCGACGGAGUGAGUGUAGAGGUGGUUGUGGCAAACCAGGUCAACGCAGGGCACAUGUUCCUGCAGCAGCACACACACCCCACGUUCCACGUCCUGAGCAGCCUUGACCAGCAGAUGUAUGCCUGCUACUCUCAACCCGAAAUCCCAACCCUGCCAACUCCUGUAGAAGUUGGCAUUAUCUGUGCAGCUCCAGGCCUGGAUGGGGCAUGGCUCCGGGCUCAAGUCAUCAACUACUUUGAAGAGACUGGAGAAGUGGAGCUCAGAUAUGUGGACUACGGAGGAUAUGACAAAGUGAAGGUUGACACACUGAGGCAGAUCAGGUCUGAUUUUUUAUCACUACCUUUCCAAGGAGCAGAAGUUUUACUAGACAAUGUGGUGCCACUUCCAGACGAGGAUCACUUCUCGCCGGAGGCUGACGCUGUUGUCAGUGAGAUGACCAGAGGUGCAGUCCUCGUGGCACAGGUCACAAAUUAUGACAGUGCCACGGGGCUGCCCCUGAUACAGCUCUGGAAAUUGGUGGGAGAUGAGGUGGUGUCAAUAAACAGAACUCUGGUGGAAAGAGGGUUUGCUCGGUGGCUUGAGUACUAGCAACGUCCUAGAUGCCUUGACAACUCUUUCUGCAGAGAGAAAACUAAAAGACAAAGUCUUAUUUUGCACUGUUACAAUUUGGUUUGGCAACUUCCCCUGAGAAGAAACAUUUGCAGCUGCUGGUGGAGUCCUGUGGUCCAUUGAAACGUGUUUUGCUCAACUGUUACCAUUUUGCUAGGACAGAUACCUCAUCUGACAGGGGUGUCCAAAGCCAUAAUGACAGAUACUGUAGCUUUAAAGCAAAAAAUCCUCCCUGGCCUCUGCUCAAAAGUUGAAUGAAAAACUCCUUAACCCCUUGGGGUUGGCUGGAAGCAAAGGCCCCUGAGACAGUAACUGUGGUUUGGUCCCAGCUGUGUCAUGCCCCAGGAACUUGUGUCUCUUGUUCCAAAAGUUCCAUCACUUGUCCUUUUUUUAACAGGCUCUGCCUUUGAAAUGAAUGAAUGUUAUUAAGGAAUUUAAUGUCCAGUUAUGGAUUUUUCUAUCUUGUGCCACUAACCUGCACAAACAGCAUUCA